AAAUUGAUUUUCAACUGUCAAAGAGUAGCGCGGCGUAACGGAUGAUGAAUCCUGUAGCAGAAAAUAAUUGACCAAUUGAUUCGUUAGAUCAUCUCACAGACAAACAUCAAAGAUGCCUUGCGAAAUGAUAACGUUGCAGCUCGGCCAAUGCGGUAAUCAGAUUGGCUUCGAGUUUUGGAAACGUCUCUGCGCCGAACACGGCAUAAACCCUGAAGGAGUGCUGGAGGACUUCGCCACAGAUGGCAUCGACAGAAAGGAUGUUUUCUUCUAUCAAGCUGAUGAUGAGCAUUACAUUCCGAGGGCUGUGCUCAUGGACUUGGAGCCCAGAGUCAUCAACACCAUCAUGAACUCACCGUAUUCGAAACUCUACAAUCAAGAGAACGUUUUUCUCUCGAAGAAUGGAGGAGGUGCUGGUAAUAAUUGGGCUUGCGGAUAUUCACAAGGUGAAAAAUUGAAUGAAGAGAUUUUUGAUAUUAUUGAUCGAGAAGCGGAUGGAUCUGACAGUCUUGAAGGAUUUGUGUUGUGUCACUCGAUUGCUGGUGGUACUGGAUCCGGAAUGGGUUCUAAUAUAUUGGAGAAAUUGUCUGAUAGGUUUCCGAAAAAGUUGGUGCAAACUUACAGUGUCUUUCCCAAUCAAGACGAAAUCAGCGAUGUCGUCGUGCAGCCAUAUAAUUCGUUGCUGACUUUGAAGAGAUUAACAGAAUCUGCGGAUUCCGUCGUCGUAUUGGAUAAUACCGCUUUGAAUAGGAUCGCCGCGGAUCGUCUUCACAUCCAGAAUCCCACGUUUACUCAAAUCAACAGUUUAGUCAGCACGAUAAUGUCUGUUUCUACGACGACGUUAAGGUAUCCAUCGUAUAUGAACAAUGAUUUGAUGGGUCUGCUAGCACCGUUAAUCCCAACUCCAAGAUUACAUUUCCUCAUGACUGGUUACACCCCAUUAUCAACGGAUACCGACGAAGUUAGCGUUAGGAAAACCACCGUGUUGGAUGUUAUGAGAAGACUGCUGCAACCUAAGAAUAUGAUGGUUUCGACGAGUUUGGAUAGGAAUUCUCAGCAUUGCUUCAUUUCCAUAUUAAAUAUAAUUCAGGGCGAAGUGGACCCGACGCAAGUGCACAAAUCGUUGCAGAGGAUCAGGGAGAGGAAACUGGCGUCGUUCAUUCCCUGGGGUCCAGCUAGUAUUCAAGUUGCCUUAUCUAGAAAAUCCCCGUACAUACAAACGGCUCACAGAGUUUCCGGUCUCAUGUUGGCCAAUCACACUAACAUUAGUUCACUAUUUGAGAGAGCUUUACAGCAGUACGAUAAGUUGAGGCGUCGCGAAGCUUUCUUGGAGCAAUUCAAAAAGGAAGAAAUGUUUCAAGACAAUCUCAAUGAGCUGGAUAACAGUCGAGAAGUUGUUCAAGAUCUGGUGGAUGAGUACGUGGCCGCAACAAGGGAAGAUUACUGCACAUGGGGCGAUUCCAAACGAACCUGAACCAACAAAUUUUGCAUAUCGCUGCUCUGUGCCAUUUUUCAAGUUUAUUAUUAUUAAUCCGGUUAAUUAUUCAUAUUUAUUGUUGAUUUUCUUAUUAUGAUGAA